CACACAUCCUCCAAUAUAUAUACACACACAUAUAUUUUAUAUUUACACACAGAGAGAGGCGAGAGAGAGAGAGAGAGAGAGAGAGAGAGAGAGUGAAGAGAGAGAGAUGACGACCGGAAUAAUGGAGGUGACGGUGGUCGGAGCUCGUGGUCUAAAAAACGCUGAAUUCUUCGGGAAGGUAGAUCCAUACGUAGUGAUUCAAUACAAAAACGAAGAGCAGAAGAGCACAACCGGUCAUCGUAAAACUUCGAAUAAACCCCGUGUGCAUUGGUGCCUCUGUCUUCGCGGGCAAGGGCAAGGUAUAAGUCCGGAGUGGAACGAGAAGUUUAAAUUCGAAGUCGAUUAUCCAUCAAAGGAGGAUGAACAACACAAGCUCUCUAUCAAAAUCAUGGACCACGACACCUUCACCGGCGAUGACUAUCUCGGCCAAGCCACCAUAUAUUUGAAGGAACUGUUCGAACAAGGGCUGGAGAAAGGCAAUGCUGAACUUCGUGCACAAAAGUAUAGGGUUGUCUCGUCCGAUAAAACAUACCACGGCGAAAUUAAAGUUGGAAUCACCUUUACUACAAACAGGAAGACUGGUUAGCAAGAACAUGGUGGAUGAAGUAUAGACAAAGCUAGUAGCUUACAGCUUAAUUACUCUAUUUUUAUAUCUAUGUAGUUAGUGGAAGUUGUUUAAAUUCUUGUUAUCUUGAAUUACGAUAUGAGCUGCAAACAUUCUAAUUUAUUCAUUUUAAAUUAUUAUC